AAAUGGGACACCCAUGCCUAUUGUUUUUGCUAAUUGUUUCUUGUUUGGGCCAUGAAGGUCUUGUAAAGGGUGCUUUAGGGUUUGCGUGUAAUUGGGGAACCCGCUCCAGCCAUCCACUCCCACCAGAUAUUGUUGUCAAGUUGAUUAAGGAUAAUGGGUUCAAUAAAGUGAAGCUAUUUGAAGCUGAUCCUGGAGCCCUUCAAGCUUUGGGAAAUUCUGGUCUUCAAGUUAUGCUUGGAAUCCCUAAUGAAUUUUUGGCACCGCUUUCAAGUACUGUCCGAGUUGCUGAGGAAUGGGUCGCCAAAAACGUGUCUUACUUCGUUUCAAAUUUUGGUACAGAUAUCAGGUAUGUGGCAGUGGGUAAUGAACCUUUCCUAAACGCCUACAACGGUUCAUUUCUUCAAACCACGUUCCCAGCUAUGCAAAACGUACAAGCCGCCCUAAUAAAAGCCGGUUUGGGUCGACAAGUGAAAGUCACAGUCCCAUUAAACGCCGACGUUUAUGAGACCACAUCAACAUUUGUUCUCAAGCCAUUGGUUAUUAUGCAUGUGAACGGAUAG